UGUGUGAUAAGUUGUUGUCGUUUUCGCAGUUGGAGUGCGUUGCUGUGAACUGAUUUAUUACGUUAUUAGAAAUGGGUGGUUGUUGGUGUUGUGAUGAGGAUAAUAGUAGUGAUGAACUACUUGAUGAUUAUUCCAGUCCUAACCGCAAUUGGGAACCAGUCAUCCAACAACCAAGGUCAACUCGUUCUGCCAAUAAUAACAGAAAUGGCACGAAUUCAACAAGAGGUAGAAACCGUCGGAGAUCACCGGCAGCUAGACGCAAUCGCAGGCGAUCAUCUCAACGGGAUACUGCAUGGCAUACUUCCCAGCAUUUGGCGCCAAUUCAUCAAUCGAUUAAUCACAAUUCAUUUGCAAGUGCUUCUAACCCUAAUUCAAAUACAAAUGGAUCAAGUCCUAGUGAAGAACGCCAUUUGAUUGUUUCUAACCUCAAUUCUGAACCCACUUGGAAAAUAAGCACUUUAUUGCAUAAGGAACAUAAUAUAGGUUUAAAUGCUGCACAGCAGUUGGAGACACUCUUCAAUGAAGGCAACACAAUACCUUUUAUUGCAAGACAUCGCAAAGACAUCAUUGGUCAAAUGACAACAGAAAAAUUACGUAAUAUUAAAUGUACCUACAAUAAACUACUACAAUUAAGACAAGAUAUUGCAAAGGUUUGUGCUGAUAUCAGCGCAAUGGGAAUAAUGAAUGAAGGGUUGCAUAGCACAUUAAUGAAUGCAACAAGUCAAGUAACACUGGAUGAAAUUCAUGCGCCAUACAAGGCGGUUGCUGAUCAGCUGGCUUCAAUGGAGCGCGAAGAACUCGCCAUAUAUGAACAGAGUGCAAACCUGGUUCUGCAAGGACAGUCCCCAUUUAUCGAACCUACUGAUACUGUUCAAGUAAUGCGACAUCUUGCGGCGAAAAUCGGCAGUUGUCCUGCGUCUGGAGAGUAUUUAGAGAGUUUAUGCAUGGAGGCUAACUGUACUUUACGCUGUGAUCGAAUUGGUGACGAUGAUGAAAGUCCUGACAGAGAAGGACAUACAUUUGACUUGUACUACGAUCGCAGUUUUAAUACCAGAGACUUGAGAGAACAUCAGAUUCUGGCGAUUAAUCGAGGUGAAAAGUUGAAAUACAUCAACGUUACGCUGGAAUUCGACGACUUUUCGCAUUUAUACCGUAAUCGUAUACGUAAUUAUUUCCCACUGGCUUCAGAAGGACCGUUUAGGAAUAUUUUCGGACAGGCAAUUGGGUUUUGUUAUGAAAAUAUAGCGGUGCCUCGAUUGAAACGCAUGAAACGUGCGGCACUCACCGACGUCGCUCAUCAGGCAGCUCUGGAUGUGUUCACCAGUAAUGUGAAGCAAUUAUUACUGACAACUCCAGUGCGAAACAAACGCAUUUUGGGCGUUGACCCAGGGACGAGUCUUGGAUGUAAACUGGGAUUGAUUUCGGAAACUGGGGAAGAUUUAGCAACAGGCGUAGUUUUCCCCAAGUCAAAGAAUCAAGAAUUAGAAAAACGAAAGUUUAAAAGACUACUAAUCAAAUUCAGUUGUUCGUUGAUUGCGAUUGGUAAUGGUAAAGGAUGUCGAGAUGCGGAGGAGUGGAUUGCCGAUAUGAUUUCCAAAGAUUAUUUUGCUCCAUUGCGGGUUGCAUAUACCAUCGUCAACGAAAGUGGUGUGUCUAUUUAUUCCUGCAGCGAAGAAGCAAUUCGUGAGUUUACGCAAAUGCAUCCCACUCGAAUUAGUGCCAUCUCGCUGGCGCGUCGAGUUCAGGACCCGCUUUCGGAGUUGGUAAAAGUUGAACCCCAGCACCUGGGCAUCGGCAUGUACCAACACGAUGUGAAUCCCGAGGAUCUUAAUCGUGCGCUUGCCGAAGUCGUCACUGAAUGUGUCAGUUUCGUCGGCGUGGACGUGAAUACCGCCUCGCAGUGUCUAUUGCGAUACGUUGCGGGUUUAUCUGAUUCUCUCGCCGAUGAAAUCAUUUUGCAUCGCAACCGUCAUGGCGACUUUGCACAACGUAAAGAUAUCUAUGAUGUACGCGGCGUCAAUACGCUUACAUAUAAACAAUGCGCCGGGUUUUUGAAGAUUCGAAACGGUGUGAAUAAACUGGAUGAAACGUGCGUUCAUCCAGAGUCUUAUGAAGUGGUGGGACGUAUUCUGCAGUAUAUGAGUAUGCAACCAGCGCAAGUGGGUACCGAUGAGUUCCGCGCGAUGCUGCUUGAACAGCGCGACGCGUUGAUUAGGCACAACGCGUUACACACCAGCAAGGAUAAACUGUUGUGUAUAUUGGAUCAGUUGAGUAAGGAGGAAGAUGUGCGUGAGAUAGCGAAUUGUGAACGAUGGUUUCGCACCGAUGUGAAAAGCAUGAAUGAUUUGAGCGUGGGUAUUGAACUCACUGGUGAUGUGGUCAAUGUUACCACGUUUGGGAGUUUUAUUGAUGUAGGUGUUGGGACUGAUGGAUUAUUGCAUGUUGACAAUGCGAGGGGCAGGACAUUGCGAAUUGGUAAUCGAGUUAAGGUUUCAGUCUGCGAUUUGAACGUUGAGAGGGGGCGUAUUGGUCUGAAAUUGAUUGCAGUGCAAUGAAUUUCAUUCAGAUUUUGUGUAUUUUGAAUAUUUACAAAAUGGCUGCCAGAAUAGAAGUUGAUUCACGUUUGUGCAACUUUUAUAACACGAUUUCUAAAUUGUGUGUUGUUCAAUACGUUAUAUCGUGUGUAAAUUUUAUUAAAGUUGCCUUUGAAAGUUGUGCAAAAUUGUGCAAAAACAUUAUUUUUAGUUAGACAUUUCUUCCGAGCGCCAUCUAGUUUAGUUUUGAGAAAGUACAACCGCAGACGGCUUAUAAUUAAACAUGUUUUUAAAAUGAUAUAAAAUAGUU